AUGACGUCCCGAUCUCUAGAAAAUCGCGCUGCGCCUACAGUGAACUACUUCACUCCCUAUCAGAAUGUCCCUGCCGGGCUGGCUGCAGAUCCCCAGAGCGACGGAAAACUAGUCCCAAAGCUAUUCCAGAAGAUCCAUAUCCGCGGUGUGACUUUCUCCAAUCGAAUCGGGCUUUCUCCCCUCUGCCAAUACUCCACCGAUGAUGGGCAUAUGACUGACUGGCGCUUGGCACAUCUGGGGGCUAUCGCACAACGUGGCGCAGGAUUUCUGAUUGUGGAGGCGACGGCAGUCUCCCCAGAGGGUCGUAUUACGCCUCAGGAUCACGGCUUGUGGAAAGAUUCGCAAAUUGAACCAUUGCGCAGAGUGGUUGACUUUAUUCACAGCCAAAACCAGGUAGUCGGAAUCCAGCUUGCGCAUGCUGGCCGGAAAGCGAGCAUGGUGGCUCCUUGGAUAUCCUUCGGUGAUGUGGCAAACGAAAAGCUAGGUGGGUGGCCGAAGGCAGUGCAGGGGCCUGGGGAUAUUCCAUACGCAGAGUACUCGGCCCAGCCACAAGCAAUGUGUCUAGAGGAUAUCGGGAAAUUCAAGGCUGACUGGGUCGCUGCCGUCAAACGUGCGGUGAAGGCUGGGGUGGACUUUAUCGAGAUCCACAAUGCCCAUGGCUAUCUGCUAAUGUCGUGUUUAUCGCCCGCUACAAACAAGAGAUCGGACGGUUACGGGGGCACCUUUGAAAAUCGGAUACGUCUGACCUUGGAAAUUGCAAAGCUUACCCGUGCUUCGGUUCCAGAUUCGAUGCCGGUUAUCAUCCGUCUUCCAGCGACUGAUUGGCUGGAGGAAAGCUUGCCACAUGAACCCAGUUGGCGCCUCGAAGAUGCUGUGGCCUUCUCUCAAGUCCUUGCUGAUACGGGGUACAUCGAUGCCAUUGAUGUUUGCAGUGGGGGUAAUCACAGCGCCCAGAAGCUUCAUGUCAAACUUCAUGUCAAACCUAGUUUCCAGGCACUGCUUGCUGCCAACAUAAAACAAGCAGUUGGUGACCGGCUUUUCUUUGCAGCUUCCGGGAUGAUCACCACAGCUGCUUUGGUCCAAGAAUUGGUCACAGAGCAACAAUUGGACUUCGUCCUAGUCGGCCGUGGCUUUCUGAAGAAUCCUGCGUUAGUGUGGAAAUGGGCUGAGGAGCUGCAGAUCGAGAUCGGGAUGGCAAACCGGUUCCGGUGGCCUUUUGCACAGAGGGGGCGGAUUGCAAUACUUGCCAAAGCUCUCGAGUGA